AUGGGCAAACCCGAUCCGGAAGACAUCGUCGUCGAGGCGUCCUCCUCGCCAGCCGAGUCGCAGAAGGGCGAGACGUUCCCCAUCUCAACGCACCACGCUGGCAUCGAGGAGAAAUACGGCACCACCAAACGCGGUCUCAGCGGACGCCAUGUCCAACUCAUCUCGAUCGGAGGAGCCGUGGGCACUGGUCUCUUCGUCGCCAUCGGCUCGCACCUGCGCACCGCCGGUCCCCUCUCGGUUCUCCUCGCCUUCAUCAUCUACCCGAUCGUCUUCGUAUUCCCCUGCUACCUCUGCGUUGCCGAGAUGUCGGCAUACCUGCCCAUUCGAGGAAGUAUCUACGAGUUCGCGACCCGCUUUGUCGACCCCGCUUUCGGAUUCAUGCUUGGCUGGACAUACUUCUAUGCUGCGAGCAUGUUGUUUUGCGCAGAGCUGAGUGCUGUGGCCACGGUCAUGCAGUAUUGGAGUGAUGUAAACCCUGCUAUUUGGAUUGCCAUGGCGCUGGUGGUUUGCUACGGUCUGAACGUUUUUGCAGUGAAAUGGUACGGAGAAAGUGAAUUCUUCUUCUCCUGCACCAAGAUCCUGCUCAUCCUCGGCCUCAUUCUCCUGACUUUCAUCACCAUGGUCGGCGGCAACCCCAAGCACGACGCCUACGGCUUCCGCCACUGGACGGGCGGCAACGCCAUGCACGAGUACUACACCGACGGUUCGACUGGACGCUUCCUUGGAUGGUGGAGCUGCGUGCUGUAUGCCGCCUUCUCCCUCGGCGGUCCCGAUCUGGUGGCCAUGGCAGCUGGUGAGAUCGAGAACCCGCGCAAGAACAUCCCGCGUGUUGCCCGCAACAUUUUCCUGCGCGUCUUCGUCUUCUACGUCCUCGGCGCCCUCUGCGUUGGCAUCAUCUGCUCGAGCCGCGACUCCCGCCUCAUCGGCGCCAUUGACAGCGGCGAAGCUGGUGCUGCCGCCUCGCCUUGGGUCAUCGGCAUCCAGAACCUUGGCAUCUCCGGCCUCCCCGACCUCAUCAACUUCCUGAUCAUGCUCUCCGGCUGGUCCUGCGGUAACGCCUACAUGUACUCGGCAUCGCGCACGCUCUACUCGCUCGCACUGGACGGACAGGCGCCGCGCUUCCUCCUCAAGUGCACCAAGUCGGGCAUCCCCAUCUACUGCGUCAGCAUCGUCGGCGUCAUCGGCUGCAUCACCUUCAUGGUCGCAUCAUCAUCAGCCACCGAGGUCUUCGGCUGGUUCAUCGACCUGACCAUCUGCUCCUUCGACAUCGCCUACACCAGCAUGGUCGUCACCUGGGUCGGCUGGAACCGCGCCCUCAAGGCCCAGGGCAUCUCGCGCGACUCGCUGCCCUGGAAGGCCCCCUUCAUGCCCUACGGCGCCUACAUCGCUAUCGCUUCUGGCUUGACCAUUCUGGUUUUCGUCGGCUUCGACGUCUUCGCCCCUUUCUCCGUUCAGGGCUUUAUUACGAGCUACUUCGGCGUUGCUUUCGCCGCUGUCGCCUUUGCCAUCUGGAAGAUCCUGAAGAGGACCAAGUUCGUCAAGCCCGCCGAGGCUGACAUCCACAGUGGGAAGGCUGAGGUUGAUGAGGAGUGCAAGGUGUGGGAGGAGGCCCCGCCGGAGCCGAAGGCGAGGAACCCGUUCCUCAGAGCCUGGAAUGCGCUUUGGUAA